GAUUUUUUAAGUAAGAUUUCAAAAAGAAUAUAUACACAACUUUUGCAUGUAGAAACUUAUCUCGUCGAGUUUAAGGAUACCUAAACUUUUUUAAUAAAGUAAAUGUUUCAUUGUUUUUGUUUUUUUUAUACUGUUGGGAAGCAAAACGAUCAAAAAAUAUUUAUUUGGAAUAUAUAUAUUAUAAAUAUAAACUUUUUUUUUUAACAACAAGGAAAGGAAAUGAAAACAUCUGAAGUGGAUUAAUGGUUUCUUAAUUUUAUGUAACUUAUUUUCAUGAUUCAUAUAAGAAGGGAAAAGCAGUCAUAUUUCUUGGUAAAAGAAAUUUCUUAAAAAAUCAAAGAAGUUAUUGUAGUUUUCUUUUUGUUUUUGUUUUGAAAGCGUAUUUCUUUCUAUUUUCGCAACAAAUAUUUUUUUCGUGUAGCUUCUGCUUAUAUUUGUACAGAAAUGAAGUUGCUUGAUAAUUUUAAAUCUCUAGUUCAGUUAUAAAUGAGUUGCUUAUUAAAAAAGAUAGGAAGAAGAGUUUUUGUUGGAUAUCCCUCUACGUUGCGAAACUAGUCGAUAAAGCCCAUGGAAAAAUCCACUUGCAAUGGAAAAUGGAAAAGAAAACUGCCACUUGAAUUUUAAUGACGUCGGGGUCCUUACCCCAUUAGAACAAAUUUUUUUUUUUUUUGAAAUUUGUUCAUUUGUUGCCUCAAUUGUGCAGAGCUUAAAUCGAAAUAAUGUAUAGGAUUAUAUGUUUUCGAUGAACGCCUGAAGAGAUAUAUGGGUUUAAAAACUUUGCUGACAUCAGCAAUGGCCCGUCAAAACCCCAAAAAUGUUUCUUAGAAAUUUUUAUACCUGUUCCCUUCAUUGUAUAGAUCUUGAAACGUCACCACCUUGUUUCCAAGUUAUUUGGCCUCAAAGUUUUAGGUGCAAUGUAAUGGCUUCAUCAAUUUAAUACAAGAUAUUGACGUUAAAGUAGUGUUAUUUACGUCGCGCCGUAACGUCAGAACAUUUAACAUAUUAGACAUGCAUAUUCGUCAACAUCAAAGGAGAAUGAGCACAUCCACUUUGCCUGUCACAGAGACACGGAACUGGCGUAUUAUUUUAUAGAUAUAUUUAACCAUGAAGAUAUUUAGUUAGGUAUUGACAAAAUAUAGAAGCGCAUCCUAAUGUCUCUAAGUGUAAACUUUCCCUUUCCCCUCUAGUUCUUAUAAAAAAUUUUGUUUAAGUUCUACGGAGAGGAGAGAGUAUAAUUUAUUUAUCAAAUCAGUCAAUUACAUCAUUAUCUUUUAGUGGAUGCUGAACUUUCAUUAUUAGAAGAGAAAAGCUGUAAAAUGUUUUCUUAGAGUAAAUACAUAUACCGUAAUGCUUCAAAGAAACGCCCGGGGCGUUUAUUAAAUUUUUUCACAUUUUUGAGGGGCGUCUAUUCAAGGGGGGCGCUUAAAAGAGGGGGUGUUUAUUAAAUUUUUUACACUUCGUCUCUUUAUUCACAUGCUUAGAGAAUAAACUUCAAAAGCGAAAGCUAAAUUUCCAACCUUAAACCUAAGACUUAGGAAAAAAGUAAGUAAGCAAGUAUACUUUUACAAAUAAACGAAAAAGGAGGCGCAUCUAUUCGAGGGGGCGUUUAUUUGAAGCAUUACGGUAUCAAAUAUUUUGCAUGCAGAAUCUCAUGCUGUCGUGUUUAAGGAUAGCUUUAACCUUUAUAGCUUGCUUUGCGCUAGGAGUUUAAGUGAGUUUAACAGCGAUGAUUUAAAGUGAGUUUAACAGCGAUGAUUUUAAGUGAGUUUAACAGGGAUGAUUUUAAGUGAUUUUAACAGGCAUGAUUUUAAGUGAUUUUAACAGGGACGAUUUUAAGUGAGUUUAAGUGGCAUGAUUUUAAGUGAGUUUAAGUGGCAUGAUUUUAAGUGAGUUUAACAGGGAUGAUUUAAAGUGAGUUUAACAGGGAUGAUUUAAAGUGAGUUUAAGUGGCAUGAUUUUAAGUGAGUUUAACAGGGAUGAUUUAAAGUGAGUUUAAGUGGCAUGAUUUUAAGUGAGUUUAACAGGGAUGAUUUUAAGUGAUUUUAACAGGGAUGAUUUUAAGUGAUUUUAACAGGGAUGAUUUUAAGUGAGUUUAAGUGGCAUGAUUUUAAGUGAGUUUAACAGGGGUGAUUAUAAACUCACCAUUUUUAAAAAACAGAAAAACGCAAAACAGAAUUUUAAAGAAUAAAUUAACGAAUGGUUAUGCAUUUUGCACCAGCGGAUUAUACUUAUAGCAAAAUAGAACAAAACAGGGUUUUCGAUUUAGGCCGAUUUUCAGCCAAAACGGGAUGGUGCUUCCAACAAUCUUGUUUACGAGUUAAAGAUAGACCAAGAAUAAUUACGCUUCCUCGACAACCUCAGUCACGCUUCCCCCCAAAAUAACUGGUUUGUCCAAAAUGUAUCAAAUUAAGGACACUAAUAGUACGACAUAAAAGGAGGAAAUAGCAGCAGUAAUUUUUCGCUUAGAUAAUGUUGUUUUGUCAUCGGAAAAUUGAAAUUCGUCCAAAACACCACAAUUACUUAAGUUUUGAAUAUUCACGUUUUGUUUAAAUUUUCAGAUAGCCAAACAAAAGUUAUUUUCUAUUUAUCUAACAUUUAUGACAUCAUCAAAAUACCUUGAAACUCCAAUAUCUCUUCAACAGUUUGUCACGAUCUUAUACACGAUCUUAUACAUUUUCUUGACCAGCGUUUCAAGCCCUACUAAUAGAGGCAACGGCUAAAAAAGGAUUUAAAUUUUUUUUGUACAUUGAUCACAUUAUUUGCAUCGUUGUUUCAAUCUCUACACAAUCUCUCCAAUGGGUGAACAAAUUUCCAGAAUUUUUUUUGGCGUCAUUAAAAUUCAAUUUUUCUCCUGCCUAAUUGGAUUUUUACAAGGUUCUUAUCUAUUAGUUACUAGUUAUCUCUAUUCAGGCUGAGCCUUGGGGGUGUGGGCCUGUAAAAAAUAGGACGGAGUGGGGACUUAAAAAUGGCCUCCAUCUGACACUGACGAAUGGGACAUCGUAUUAACUUGGCACAAAUUGGUUAGAAUAUUGAAGGAGAAUUGGGACAAAAAAAUUACAUUGACAUCAUCCAGUCCCAAAUUAUGUCAUCAUAGGCGUACAUUAGUGAAUAAAAAUUCGCUUUACAAACAAUUUUGAUGUGUGUAAUUAAUUUAUAUAGGUCGGCGGAAAUUGAUAGCCGUUAAAGUAUGAAAUUAGUCGUUAAAAUAAAGAAACUUUUCUAGCUGGCGUUCGUUUGGUUUUUUAGUCGAUAUAACUGUGCCACCGGCCCUCAAAAUUAGUCUCGGUUUUCCUAUAAGCAAGCUUGGACAAAUCGCGUUUACACUGUGAAUGUCUGACAUUGUAUGUUGGCAAAAAUAGAGAGGCUUAUAAUUGAUUACAGCAAAUGUUCUACUCAAUACCGAGGCGUUUAUACAAAUCCAUGACUUCUAGGAGGUGUUUAGUAGCCACCGGCGUUAAAUGAAAUGAAACGAUUUUUUAACAUACCGUCUAGCAAAUUGAAGUCCGUACCUGCUAUUUAAUAAUUUAACCUAUCUAAAAUAUUGUUAUUUAUUCUGGUCCUUAUUUCUCUGUAAAUUAUUUAAAUAAGUAAGCUCUAAUAAAUACUCUAUUUUAACAGAAGAAGUGAGUAUUUAUUAAAAAACAGGCGUUUUUUUUGGAUUUUUCAGUGUUAUAAGGUGAAGUGCCUUUUUAUAGGGCGCGUAUAUUAGGCGUAAUAGAGCAUGCACGUAAUAUUUUUAAAAGUGAUAGCUACUUGUAAAAAGCUCUGAUAAAAAACGAUCUUUUGUUUUCAGCUCAAGUAAUCUUUCAAUUUCUAUUCCGUAGAGUUAAUUGGUUAAAAUAUGGGCCAUCCACAUUACGCUCACAUAUGUGACAAACUGAAAGAAGCUGAAAUUGCAGCUUUGGAUUUGCUCGGUGAUGGAGAAUUUGGUUUACCCAUGGAGAGACAGCAACUGCAAAAACAUUUACUGAAGAAAAAACUUUUCUUAACAAAGCUAAAAUCGAAGAAAAAGUCGAAAGAAAUCAUCAAUAACGCUCAAUGGAAGCUUCUCUUUCCAGAGAAAAUGAAAGACUUCGAUCCCAGCAAGUUUGAUAUAAACCUUAUUGUAAUACUUGCUAGGUACUUUACGAAUGAACCGAAACCUGCCGAAUGGAAAAAGCCGUUGCUUAAACACAACAAGUCAAAAGUUGCAACACUACGACGAUUGAAAAAAUUAAGAAACCAAAAUUACCAUCAAGGUCAAAUUAACCAAUCUUAUGUUAAAGAGUUUUGGAACCAGUUCGUACCGGUUGUUGAAGCGCUAGGAAAAACUAACAUCAAGCCAUGUUACAAAGAUUCGUAUAAAGAAUUUCUGGAAGACUGCAUGGGGGUGUUACCAACCAUGUAAUCAUAAAAAAUAAAUUCAAUGAAUGCAUGCCGUGGUAGCACCCCCACAGAAUAAGUCAAAAAAAAACAUAACACUACAGAAUAUUCAAAGUGAAAAACUUGAAUGAAAAAAAUUCCAGGAUAAAGAACAAGAGUUCUCGUGAAUUGAUACAGUCGUUUAGUUGUUUGCACCACCAGGUACAAAUUGUAACAAAAUUUCGAUGUUGUCUAACACUUUAUCACCUAAUAUGGACGAUACUUUCUUCAUAUUGCGUAAAGUUGUUCCUACAUGGACAGAAAAAAUGUUCUUACAUGGAAGAAGAAAAUUGUCCCUACAGGUACAGAAACGUACCAAAAUUUUGAUGUUGUCUACUAUUUAAGCACUUCAUAUGGAGGAUACUGUUUUUUAUAUUACGUAAAGUUGUUCCUACAUGGACAGAAAAAAUGUUCUUACAUGGAAGGAGAAAAUUAACCCUACAGGUACAGAAGCGUACCAAAAUUUUGAUGUUGUCUACUAUUUAAGCACUCCAUAUGGAGGAUACUGUUUUUUAUAUUACGUAAAGUUGUUCCUACAUUGACAGAAAAAAUGUUCUUACAUGGAAGGAGAAAAUUGUCCCUACAGGUACAGAAACGUACCAAAAUUUUGAUGUUGUCUACUAUUUAUGCACUUCAUAUGGAGGAUACUGUUUUUGAUAUUACGUAAAGUUGUUCCUACAUGGACAGAAAAAAUGUUCUUACAUGGAAGGAGAAAAUUGUCCCUACAGGUACAGAAACGUACCAAAAUUUUGAUGUUGUCUACUAUUUAUGCACUUCAUAUGGAGGAUACUGUUUUCAUAUUACGUAAAGUUGUUCCUACAUGGACAGAAAAAAUGUUCUUACAUGGAAGGAGAAAAUUGUCCCUACAGGUACAGAAACGUACCACAAUUUUGAUGUUGUCUACUAUUUAUGCACUUCAUAUGGAGGAUACUGUUUUUUAUAUUACGUAAAGUUGUUCCUACAUGGACAGAAAAAAUGUUCUUACAUGGAAGGAGAAAAUUGUCCCUACAGGUACAGAAACGUACCAAAAUUUUGAUGUUGUCUACUAUUUAUGCACUUCAUAUGGACGAUACUUUUUUUAUAUUACGUAAAGUUGUUCCUACAUGGAAGGAAAAAAUGUUCUUGCAUGGAAGGAGAAAAUUGUCCCUACAGGUACAGAAACGUACCAAAAUUUUGAUGUUGUCUACUAUUUAUGCACUUCAUAUGGAGGAUACUGUUUUUUAUAUUACGUAAAGUUGUUCCUACAUGGACAGAAAAAAUGUUCUUACAUGGAAGGAGAAAAUUGUCCCUACAGGUACAGAAACGUACCACAAUUUUGAUGUUGUCUACUAUUUAUGCACUUCAUAUGGAGGAUACUGUUUUUUAUAUUACGUAAAGUUGUUCCUACAUGGACAGAAAAAAUGUUCUUACAUGGAAGGAGAAAAUUAUCCCUACAGGUACAGAAACGUACCACAAUUUUGAUGUUGUCUACUAUUUAUGCACUUCAUAUGGAGGAUACUGUUUUUUAUAUUACGUAAAGUUGUUCCUACGUGGACAGAAAAAUUGUUCUUACAUGGAAGAAGAAAAUUGUCCCUACAGGUACAGAAACGUACCAAAAUUUUGAUGUUGUCUACUAUUUAUGCACUUCAUAUGGAGGAUACUGUUUUUUAUAUUACGUAAAGUUGUUCCUACAUGGACAGAAAAAAUGUUCUUACAUGGAAGGAGAAAAUUGUCCCUACAGGUACAGAAGCGUACCAAAAUUUUGAUGUUGUUUACUAUUUCAGCACUUCAUAUGGACGAUACUUAUAUAUAUAAUUAGGUUAGUGGAAUUUACUUACCAUAGUUUUACUGUUUUGAAUUUCUGAUGUGUUUGUAGUUUUCUUUGUCUUAUUGUUUUGUGGAGGUGAAAAACAUUUUCUGAAAUUAGUUCUUAUUUAAAUAUGGCGUACUUAACCAAAGUGCUUGUUAAUAAGCCAUAAAUUUUAUUUAAAAAUGUCUAUAUCUUCCAAGAAUGAAAACUCACGCAGAUAUCUGAAAAAGUGCUUUAGUAUGCAUUCUUUGACAAUUUUAUAGUAAUUGUAUGUACUGCGAGUGUUUUAGUUGUAGUUUUUGUUUUUGUUUUGUUGUUGUUGUUUUUGUUGUUGUUUGUUGUUGUUGUUGAAUGAAUAUUUAUCAACAAAUAAUGUAAAGUAAUUAUGAUGGUUAUUAACCUGAUUUUUAAUUUCGUACUUUAUUAUAUUUUGUCAAUAAAUAUACAUUUGUUUGGA